UAUUUGGAUAAGAUAGUGAAAGAGGGUUGCCCUGGCUUGUGCAACAGCAAUGGGAGGUGCACGCUGGACCAGAACGGCUGGCACUGUGUCUGCCAGCCGGGAUGGAGGGGAGCGGGCUGUGACGUAGCCAUGGAAACUCUCUGCACUGACAGUAAGGACAACGAAGGAGAUGGGCUAGUGGACUGUAUGGAUCCUGACUGCUGUUUGCAGAGUUCUUGCCAAAACCAGCCUUAUUGUCGUGGACUACCUGAUCCCCAAGAUAUUAUUAGCCAAAGCCAACAGUCGCCAUCUCAGCAAGCUGCCAAAGCAUUUUAUGACCGGAUCAGUUUUCUCAUUGGAGCAGACAGCACUCAUGUCAUACCUGGGGAAAGUCCUUUUAAUAAGAGUCUUGCAUCUGUCAUAAGGGGCCAAGUAUUAACUGCUGAUGCAACGCCACUCAUUGGAGUCAACGUCUCCUUUCUACACUAUCCAGACUAUGGAUAUACAAUCACUCGCCAAGAUGGAAUGUUCGACUUGGUAGCCAAUGGUGGUGCCUCUCUGACACUGGUGUUUGAGCGAUCACCGUUCCUGACACAGUAUCACACAGUAUGGAUUCCCUGGAAUGUGUUUUAUGUCAUGGAUACUCUGGUCAUGAAGAAGGAAGAGAAUGACAUUCCUAGUUGUGAUCUGAGUGGAUUUGUAAGGCCAAACCCUGUAAUCGUGUCAUCACCUUUAUCUACCUUUUUUAGAAUUUCUCCUGAAGAUAGUCCUAUCAUCCCAGAGACACAGGUACUUCAUGAAGAAACAACAAUACCAGGAACCGAUUUGAAGUUAUCAUACUUAAGCUCGAGGGCCGCAGGAUAUAAAUCCGUUCUGAAGAUUACUAUGACCCAGUCUGUUAUACCAUUUAAUUUAAUGAAGGUUCAUCUUAUGGUGGCUGUGGUGGGAAGACUUUUUCAAAAAUGGUUCCCUGCAUCCCCAAAUCUGGCUUACACUUUCAUAUGGGAUAAGACUGAUGCAUACAACCAGAGAGUCUAUGGAUUGUCUGAAGCUGUUGUGUCUGUAGGUUAUGAAUAUGAGUCUUGCUUGGAUCUAACCCUCUGGGAAAAGCGAACUGCCGUUUUGCAAGGUUAUGAACUGGAUGCCUCCAACAUGGGUGGCUGGACAUUGGAUAAACAUCAUGUGUUGGAUGUUCAGAACGGAAUCCUCUACAAAGGAAAUGGUGAAAAUCAAUUUAUAUCUCAGCAACCUCCAGUUGUCAGCAGCAUUAUGGGCAAUGGAAGACGACGCAGCAUCUCCUGUCCAAGUUGUAAUGGUCAAGCUGAUGGUAAUAAAUUACUGGCUCCGGUCGCCUUAGCUUGUGGCAUAGAUGGCAGUCUCUACGUGGGGGAUUUCAACUAUGUUCGGCGGAUAUUCCCAUCUGGAAAUGUAACUAGUGUUCUGGAGCUAAGAAAUAAAGAUUUUAGACAUAGCAACAACCCAGCUCACAGAUACUACCUCGCAACUGACCCCGUGACAGGAGAUUUGUACGUUUCUGACACAAACACACGCAGGAUUUAUCGGCCCAAGUCGCUCACAGGCAUGAAAGACCUGACCAAAAAUGCUGAGGUAAUCGGAGGAACAGGGGAGCAGUGCCUACCAUUUGAUGAGGCAAGGUGUGGUGAUGGAGGCAAGGCGGUGGAGGCAACUCUCAUGAGCCCUAAAGGAAUAGCGAUCGACAAGAACGGAUUAAUCUACUUUGUUGAUGGGACCAUGAUCAGAAAAGUGGAUCAGAAUGGAAUAAUAUCCACUUUGCUUGGCUCCAACGACCUGACCUCAGCACGACCUCUAACCUGUGACACCAGCAUGCACAUCAGCCAGGUUCGUCUAGAAUGGCCUACAGACUUAGCUAUCAACCCAAUGGACAACUCCAUUUAUGUUUUGGAUAACAACGUCGUUUUGCAGAUCACCGAAAACCGUCAGGUUCGCAUUGCUGCAGGGAGGCCGAUGCAUUGCCAGGUCCCUGGGGUGGAGUACACGGUAGGGAAGCACGCCGUCCAGACCACACUGGAGUCAGCGACUGCCAUUGCCGUGUCCUACAGUGGGGUGCUUUACAUUACAGAAACUGAUGAAAAAAAGAUUAAUAGGAUAAGACAGGUCACAACCGAUGGAGAGAUCUCAUUAGUUGCUGGAAUACCCUCAGAGUGUGAUUGCAAAAAUGAUGUCAACUGUGACUGUUACCAAAAUGGAGAUGGCUAUGCUAAAGACGCCAAACUCAAUGCCCCUUCUUCCUUAGCUGUGUCUCCGGAUGGCACCCUGUAUAUUGCCGAUCUGGGAAAUAUUAGGAUACGGGCUGUGUCAAAGAACAAACCCUUACUGAAUUCAAUGAACUUUUAUGAAAUUGCUUCUCCAACUGACCAAGAGCUUUAUAUCUUUGAUGUCAAUGGUACUCACCAGUACACUGUGAGCUUAGUCACCGGAGACUACCUGUACAAUUUUAGCUACAGUAACGAUAAUGAUAUAACCGCAGUAACGGAUAGCAACGGGAAUACGCUUCGUAUCAGGCGGGAUCCCAACCGGAUGCCGGUAAGGGUGGUCUCUCCUGAUAACCAAGUCAUCUGGCUGACGAUCGGCACUAAUGGAUGUUUGAAAAGCAUGACCGCGCAAGGUCAGGAGCUUGUUCUGUUUACCUACCAUGGCAACAGUGGGCUUCUGGCAACCAAAAGCGAUGAGACUGGGUGGACUACAUUUUUUGACUACGAUAGCGAGGGCCGUCUAACAAACGUUACGUUCCCAACUGGAGUUGUCACUAACCUUCACGGGGAAAUGGAAAGGGCCAUUACAGUGGACAUUGAAUCGUCCAGCAGAGAGGAAGAUGUCAGCAUCACUUCCAACUUGUCAUCAAUUGAUUCUUUCUACACCAUGGUUCAAGAUCAGUUAAGAAAUAGCUACCAGAUUGGUUAUGAUGGCUCAUUGAGAAUCCUGUAUGCCAGCGGCCUGGACUCGCACUACCAGACAGAGCCGCACGUGCUGGCUGGCACUGCCAACCCUACGGUGGCAAAGAGAAACAUGACCCUCCCAGGGGAGAACGGGCAGAACCUGGUGGAAUGGCGAUUCCGGAAAGAGCAAGCUCAGGGAAAAGUUAACGUGUUUGGCCGAAAGCUUCGGGUUAAUGGCAGAAACCUCCUUUCAGUUGACUUUGAUCGAACCACAAAGACUGAAAAGAUCUACGAUGACCACCGUAAAUUUCUGCUGAGGAUUGCCUACGACACGUCAGGGCACCCCACCCUGUGGCUCCCGAGCAGCAAGCUGAUGGCUGUCAAUGUUACCUAUUCAUCCACAGGUCAAAUAGGCAGCAUCCAGCGAGGGACGACUAGCGAAAAAAUAGAGUAUGAUGGACAGGGAAGGAUAGUGUCUAGAGUGUUUGCUGAUGGGAAAACUUGGAGUUACACAUAUUUGGAAAAGUCAAUGGUUCUUCUGCUUCAUAGCCAACGACAGUAUAUCUUCGAAUAUGAUUUGUUGGAUCGGCUUUCUGCUGUCACCAUGCCCAGCGUUGCUCGUCAUACCAUGCAGACCAUCCGCUCCAUCGGCUAUUACCGGAAUAUAUACAACCCCCCGGAAAGUAAUGCUUCUGUUAUAAUGGACUACAAUGAAGAAGGACAGCUCCUUCAAACUGCUUUCCUGGGGACAAGCAGAAGAGUAUUAUUCAAGUACAGACGGCAGACCAAGCUCUCAGAAAUUUUAUAUGAUAGUACGAGAGUUAGUUUUACUUACGAUGAGACAGCAGGAGUCCUGAAAACAGUAAAUCUCCAAAGCGAUGGUUUUAUCUGCACCAUUAGAUAUAGGCAAAUUGGCCCACUGAUUGACAGACAGAUUUUCCGCUUUAGCGAAGAUGGAAUGGUAAAUGCCCGAUUUGACUACAGCUAUGACAAUAGCUUCAGAGUGACUAGCAUGCAGGGUGUCAUCAAUGAAACCCCAUUGCCUAUUGAUCUCUACCAGUUUGAUGAUAUCUCUGGCAAAGUUGAACAAUUCGGAAAAUUUGGAGUUAUAUAUUAUGAUAUUAACCAGAUCAUUUCGACAGCUGUAAUGACCUACACAAAACACUUUGAUGCACAUGGCCGCAUCAAGGAAAUUCAGUAUGAAAUAUUUCGGUCAUUAAUGUAUUGGAUUACAAUACAGUAUGAUAAUAUGGGACGAGUGACAAAAAGAGAAAUUAAGAUCGGGCCAUUUGCCAACACCACAAAAUAUGCUUAUGAAUAUGAUGUAGAUGGUCAGCUCCAGACAGUUUAUCUGAAUGAAAAAAUAAUGUGGCGAUACAACUAUGACUUGAACGGCAACCUCCACUUGCUCAACCCCAGUAGCAGUGCCCGUUUGACGCCACUUCGCUAUGACCUGAGAGACAGAAUAACUCGACUGGGUGAUGUUCAGUACCGAUUAGACGAAGAUGGAUUUCUGCGUCAGAGGGGUACUGAAAUCUUUGAAUACAGUUCCAAGGGCCUUCUUACUCGAGUUUAUAGCAAGGGCAGUGGGUGGACAGUGAUUUACCGUUAUGAUGGACUUGGGCGACGAGUUUCCAGUAAAACUAGCCUUGGACAGCAUCUCCAGUUUUUUUAUGCAGACCUUACUUACCCAACCAGGAUAACUCAUGUAUAUAACCACUCAAGUUCUGAAAUCACAUCUCUUUACUAUGAUCUGCAAGGACACCUUUUUGCUAUGGAAAUUAGCAGUGGAGACGAGUUUUACAUUGCAUCAGACAAUACGGGAACACCACUGGCUGUUUUCAGUAGCAAUGGCCUUAUGCUGAAACAAAUUCAAUACACUGCUUAUGGAGAGAUCUAUUUUGACUCUAACCUUGACUUCCAGCUGGUAAUCGGAUUCCACGGAGGCUUGUACGACCCACUGACCAAGCUAGUCCACUUUGGAGAAAGAGAUUAUGACAUACUGGCAGGUCGGUGGACUACACCCGAUGUUGAAAUCUGGAAAAGAAUUGGGAAGGAUCCAGCUCCUUUUAAUUUGUACAUGUUUAGAAAUAACAACCCAGCCAGUAAAAUACACGAUGUGAAGGAUUAUAUCACAGAUGUUAACAGCUGGCUGGUGACAUUUGGCUUCCACCUGCACAAUGCCAUUCCUGGUUUCCCUGUUCCGAAAUUUGAUUUAACAGAACCUUCUUAUGAACUUGUGAAGAGCCAGCAAUGGGAGGACAUACCACCAAUUUCUGGAGUGCAACAACAAGUGGCGAGACAAGCAAAGGCUUUCCUUUCCCUAGGAAAGAUGGCAGAAGUGCAGGUCAGCAGACGUAAAUCCAGUGGAGAGAAAUCCUGGCUCUGGUUUGCUACGGUGAAGUCUCUGAUUGGGAAAGGGGUGAUGCUCGCUGUCAAUCAAGGCAAAGUGCAAACAAACGUGCUCAACAUUGCGAAUGAGGACUGCAUAAAAGUGGCCGCCGUUCUGAACAACGCCUACUACCUGGAAAACUUGCAUUUCACCGUUGAGGGAAAGGACACGCACUAUUUUAUCAAGACCACCUCCCCCGAGAGCGACCUUGGGACACUGAGGCUGACAAGUGGGCGGAAGGCCCUGGAGAACGGCAUCAAUGUCACUGUUUCCCAGUCCACCACUGUGGUAAACGGCAGGACUCGUAGGUUUGCUGAUGUUGAAAUGCAGUAUGGUGCUUUAGCGCUUCACGUCCGCUACGGCAUGACGCUCGACGAGGAGAAGGCCCGAAUACUGGAGCAAGCCAGGCAAAGAGCUCUUUCCAGUGCCUGGGCCAGAGAACAACAGAGAGUAAGAGAUGGAGAGGAAGGCGCCAGGUUGUGGACAGAAGGAGAAAAGAGGCAGCUGCUAAGUGCUGGGAAGGUACAAGGAUACGAUGGGUACUAUGUACUCUCUGUGGAGCAAUAUCCAGAAUUAGCAGACAGCGCUAAUAACAUACAGUUCCUCAGACAAAGUGAGAUAGGAAAGAGGUAACACACUGGCUUAGCUCAGGCUGCCAAAGAGACUGUGUACCAGUGUCUUCUAAAAAGGAGACCAAACUGUUUUGCUGCAUUACUACUUGAGCCUAAGCAUACAUCUUUGCUCAGAUUUUUUCUGUAGCACAAUCCAAACAGACUCUGUAACAAAAAGAGCGCCUUCCAGAAGAAUGAUACUGCUAAUGACAAAACUUUUUUUUUUCUCAAUGACCUUAAAGGUGAUCUGCUUUAAAGAAUAUGUUUACAUAUGCAUAUCGCUGCACUCAAGUUGGACUGAAAAGUAUUUAAAAAAAAAAAAGAAGAAGAAAAAAGAAAAAGGCCUACAGAUUUUGCAACAGGCUAUCUGUUCCUUUGAGGCACUGUAUUUAAUUAAGAUACAGACCCAUACAGUGUUUCCAAAUAUUACUGAAUUGUUGACCUUUGCUUACCAGAAGUAGUCUCUCUCUUUCUCUCUCUUUUUCUCUCUCUUUCUCACUGCAUAGGAUGUGGUAUAUAUCUGUUAAUUUUAAAAUGUGGGGCAAAAAUUACUGUUUAUAGACAACCCAACUGCUUUAAACUGUGCUGCUUUCUAAAAGGACAUUGGCACAAGUGACUUAUGCUACCAUGGGAAUUUAAUAAUGGAUUUUACAAUGCUAACAUGAUUUGCCUUGGGGGGAAAAUGGCAAGUAGAAUCCUUGUUGCAGAUAAGCAAAGGAAACCCUGAUUUUUUUGUAAAUUAUGUGAGACAAGUUGUUUAUGGAUUUUUAUAUGAAUUACAAUUUACUGUACAUCAAAUAUUAGUCUCAGAGGAGUUAAUUUAUGUAAAGUGUUUAAAAAAGUUUAUACUUAAAAAUAAAACAAUAAAAACA